AUCCUCUCGACAAUACUAGAUAUUAGUAACGCUAUCAAAUAGAUACUGCAAAUACCAUCUUAUCAAUCGAGUGCCUCUCAACUAGGGUUUAAGCAAUUAAACUGGUUUCUAAAUGAAUAGUUAUCAGCUCGCCAAUCAUAUGUGUAAACAAAAGUCUAUGCAAGAACUGGGUCCAAGCUUUUAGUAUUAAUAUCUUCAUCAAAUAAACAACAUCUUGAAUCUAGUGUUUUGUGUAGUUCAUUAGAAUUGUGCGAAGAUGCGAUUGGGUGCAGUAAUUCCGAACUUUUCGGCUGAAACGACCGAAGGACCUAUCCAGUUUUACGAUUGGCAAGGAGACUCAUACGUUAUUCUCUUUUCACAUCCAGCGGAUUUCACGCCAGUGUGUACUACAGAAUUAGCAGAACUUGUGCAUCAUAAUGAUGACUUUGUGAAGCGCAAUGUAAAGUUGAUAGGUCAUUCGGUCGAUAGUGUAGAAAGUCAUCUGGAAUGGAUAAAAGAUAUUAAUUCAUACUGUUCGAAUUUACCCACUGAUUUUCCGUUUCCAAUUAUCGCUGAUAAAGAACGCGAUUUAGCUAUUGAACUUGGAAUGCUGGAUGAAGACCAGAGGCAUGAUAUGCAAGCUGCAAUAACCAUACGAGCACUUUACAUAGUCGGGCCUGACCAUAAAGUGAGGCUUUCAAUGUUGUAUCCAAAUGGAACAGGACGAAGUGUUGAGGAGAUCCUAAGAUGUUUGGAUUCCAUCCAGUUAACAGACAGGAUCAAAAAUGUAGCCACACCGGCAAGUUGGACUCCGGGCACAGAUGUCAUGAUUUUACCAACAGUACCGGAUGAUGAUAUUAGACGAUUGUUUCCUAGGCAAGAAAUUACUUACAGAAGAGUGCCUUCAGGACGCAGAUAUCUUAGAUAUUUUUCUAAUUUUAAUUGAAUAUAAGGGGUAAAUAAAUUGUCGGUUUCGUUUCA